AUGUGUUUAGCAUGCGGUGCUCUUAGCGCGGAACACAGGUUCCCCGAUGACUUCAUCUUCGGGGCUGCGACGGCUUCCUACCAAAUAGAGGGAGGAUGGAACGCGGAUGAUAAGAGCGAGAACAUCUGGGAUCACAUAACGCACACCAAGCCCCACGUGAUAAAGGACCAGAGCAAUGGCGACAUCGCUGCUGACACCUACCACAACUACAAGCGCGACGUCGAGAUGAUACGCGAACUUGGCUUGGACGCUUACCGAUUCUCCCUCUCUUGGUCCAGGAUCCUGCCUGACGCUCUUUCCAAGAGGAUAAGCAUAGCGGGCGUCUCUUUUUACAACAACUACAUCGAUGAAAUGAUUAAGUACGGUAUCACGCCAAUGAUCACUCUGUACCACUGGGACCUACCGCAGAAACUGCAGGAGUUGGGUGGUUUCGUCAACCCCCUGUUCCCGGACUGGUUCGAAAACUACGCCAGGGUUGUGUUCGAGCAGUUCGGAGAUAGGGUGAAGCACUGGAUCACCUUCAACGAGCCAAUGCAGAUCUGCUACCAGGGCUACGACACGACCGUGAAAGCCCCGCAGCUAAAUGCCACAGGUGUCGGCGCGUACCUCUGCGCCAAGAAUCUAGUCUUGGCACAUGCCAAGGCCUACCACGCGUACAAGAACGAUUUCGCCCCGAGCCAAGGCGGGCGCUGUGGCAUUACCAUCAACGUGAAUUGGUUGAGUGCAGUAUCCGACUCUGAAGAAGAUAAGUUCGCAGCUGAACUCUACAGACAGGCAGAGUGGGGUUUAUACGCGGAUCCGAUCUUCUCCAAACAAGGCGGGUUCCCCAAGGAGCUGUCUGAGAGGGUCGCCCAAAAGAGCUUGGAGCAGGGAUAUCCAAGAUCCCGGAUGCCAGAGUUCACUGACGAAGAGAGGGCUUUUGUCAGAGGUACCGCUGAUUUCUUCGGGGUGAACCAUUACACGGCUCAACUUGUGUCAGCCACUGGUGGAGAUUUUAUAGUGCCUUCUUUGAGUGAUGAUGUUGGCGCGACCAUCUCUACACCAGAAGAUUGGCCCGUGGCUGCAUCUUCGUGGUUGAAGCAAGCGCCGGAUAGUAUCCUCAACGCGCUCACCCAACUCAAGGAGAGGAUUCGGUACUACCGGGCGGCAUUGGAGAGCGUCCUCGAUGCCCUCGACGCUGGCGUGAACCUAAAGGGCUACAUGGCCUGGAGCCUAAUGGACAACUUCGAGUGGAUGCAAGGCUACACAGAACGCUUCGGCCUCUACCAAGUGGACUUCGAGGAUCCAGCGCGCAGCCGCACGCCCAGGAAGUCGGCAUUCGUCUACAAGCAGAUCGUCAAAUCGCGCGUCAUCGACCACGGCUACGAGCCAGACUCCAUGACCAUGGCCAUCGACGAAGGUCAC